GGGAAGUACGGACGCCAGAGCGGCGCCUUGGGCGAGAAACGAGACCGGCGUAGGUCCGGGGUGCAACUGCCGCCUUGUGCUGGAGGCCAGCGGCGGCAUUGUUGCGACUUUCCCGAGGGAAACGAAGGGCGAGGCGACCAUGGCGGAAAGGCCAGAGGACUUGAACCUUCCGAAUGCCGUCAUUACCAGGAUCAUCAAGGAGGCGCUCCCCGACGGCGUCAACAUUUCCAAAGAGGCUCGAAGUGCCAUCUCUAGGGCUGCCAGCGUGUUCGUGCUGUACGCCACGUCCUGUGCAAACAACUUUGCAAUGAAAGGAAAGCGGAAGACCCUAAAUGCUGGUGAUGUACUGUCAGCUAUGGAAGAGAUGGAAUUUCAGCGAUUCAUUUCUCCUUUGAAAGAAGCAUUAGAUGCAUAUAGACGUGAACAAAAAGGUAAGAAGGAAGCUUCAGAACAAAAGAAGAAGGAUAAAGACAAAAGAACAGAUUCUGAAGAACAAGACAAAAGCCGGGAAGAUGAUAAUGAAGAUUAUGAUGAAAGAAUGGAAGAGGAGGAGCAGAAUGAUGAAGAAGAAGUUGAUAAUUGAGUUUCGUGGAGAGAACACAGAAUCAGAUGAUAAGAAAUUGGAUCUUCAACACUGUUGCCUCCAUUGUACUGUUUGAAAGAAUUGUGGCCUUUUCCUCCACUGCUAAGAAUGCUUAUAUUUGAGGACCUAAGAAUACUUCUUGAAUAACCCCCAAACCAGAGUUUUUAUGAAUGAGAUCUUUCCAAUUUUGUUUUAUACACAAUCCAUAAAUUUUGACCUUUUGACAAGGUAGGUUAUAAACUGCCACUUAAUCAGAUUUUUAUAGGAAAAAUGUGUAAAAGAGUCAUAUAUUUCACUCCCUAUUUUAUGACCCAUAGUUCAUAAAAUUUAGGGAUUGUAGAGGGAGCUAAAAAUUGGAGGGGUUUGAACUCUGAGUUUGAGUUAACCUAUGAGAGAUUGAAUAUAUCUUAUAAAAAGAGUAACUGAGGCACUCUGGAUUUGGGGGAGCUAUCCAAAAAGUUUGGGGUAAAGAAAGAAAUUGUCAUCCCUUAGAAAGUAACUUUCAUCAAAGUUCUGCUUUCUUUGGUUUGUAACUGAUUAUCUUCUCUUCCUGAGUCUUCCUUCCCCUAGUCUCUUGCUGAGUUUGGAGCUUGGUCCCCGUUUACCACACUCUAUAUAGCACUUUGUAUGUUUUGAGGUUUGUACUUCACUAUAUUAGUGGAGUAUUGGGUCUAGUGAAAUGUCUAAUGUAAAGUAGGCGUUUCUCUUCUAAAUUGUCUUCCUUUUCACCUGCCACCUGAACAUAAGUUUGAAAAUAAAUUUUCUAAUAUAUGUAGUAUAUGACCUUUUCAGGUGUCUCAUCCUUUUUGUGCUUGUCUUUUUUAUUUAACAAGUGACAAGCUCUAAAAUUCAUUUCUUCCCAGUACCACUCUCCAGUCUAAUCUUAGCUUUGCUAACUUAUGAUCUUCAGUCCAGUUUAAUUGAACAAAUGUAAAGUUUUCUUCCAAUCCCAGAAAGGAUUUGUCUUUUAAGGAUAACUUGAUGGAAUAACUUAAUAAAAUCUAAUAAUGCUUAGUAAUAUAAUUCUCAUAAACUACCCUUCUAAAGUGGUUUUGAUAGGUCUUUCAUUUUUUGUUAGACUCCCUGUUUACUCCCAAAAGUGGUUAUUUCUGAAGAUUGGAAGCUGCCAGAAGACCUUUGUCUCUAUGGCCAAAAAAAUCUGUGUUUAACUAGAGGGGACUCCCUCAGAGACCACAUUCAGUCCUUCUGAUAAUGCUACCUUGAGAAUUGGGAAUGAAGAUUCUUGUCAACCUUUCUCCCUAUUUAGCUUUAAUUUUUUUGGUCUAUAAAAUAAUAAUAGUGACCCCAUUCCAAUUGGAGUAUUACAGGUGAAAAAUGUAAUCUGCUAACAUUUACUUAUUAUUGGAUUAUAAGGACAAGUUUGUUAAUAAAUGAGGAAGGAAUUUCAUCUUAUUCUAUAUUUGGGGGAGGGAAAUGGGAUGGUUUGUAUAAAUAAAAAAUGUUGUUUAAAAA